UGAUGAUAGUAUUUUGUUAAGCGUUGAAAAACUGUUUUUUUGGAGUGUAGUUUAUUAAAAAUGUCUAAAAAUUACGUGACAAGUUAUCGUGGUGAUACAUACUUUACGCCAACCGGCAAAUUACACAUAAAGGACGAGCCAGUUACUCCAAUUGAGGAAGACUUCGGCGAUCACAACAAUUUGGAUGAUUCAAUUAAACUCGAAUAUGGAGGAAUGAGGAAAUCUAUGUCUAUGAACGACAUAACUUCACUUACUUCGGACCUAAUAAAACUAGGAUAUCAUGAACAUGCAGACCACAGGCACCGUAGAGUUACAGGAACAGGCGAGCUGUCAAAAACAAAAUUUGUAUCAAUGGCUGAAGCAGUUUAUCAUUAUCAGAGAGAUACGCCAAAUCGCUUCCAUUCUAGUCGACCUCAAGCAUUCCGUUCUAGUGUAGCUCCAGGGCCGUCAGGGCUCACUAUUCCUCAGUCACCCAUGUUGAGAUGUAAGGCACGCUCCCGACCUCUUCACGUUAUGUCUCAAAAAGAAAAAGAAGAGAUGGAAGCAGAGGAAAUCAAAAAAUUCAAGAUUAAAGCUAAUCCAAUUCCAAAAUCAGUGAUUGAAGGGUGUAGAAACCUUCCUGAGGUGCCAAAGAAAACGCCAACGGUUCCUGAACCAUUCCACUUGACCGAAGUGAAUAAAAAAUUAGCUCAAUCACCCGUACAUGUUCCUGUAUUCAAAGCGCGUCCUGCACCCAAACACAUACUUGAGAAACCACAGGUCUGUCCAAAACAGGCAAUUCCAGUCACAAUACCUGUCACUCCGAAGUUCCACUACAAACCACCCCCGCAGACACACAACUCUGCACCUAAACCAACCAAGCCAGUUGAAAAGCCAGCCCGUCUUGGACCCCUAGUGGUAGAGCCAUUUUCAUUUGAAAAGAGAGAUGAAGAAAUCAAGCGCCGUCACAAAGAGAGAAUUAGAAAACAACUUGAAGAGGAGCGCAAACAAGCGUGUCAAUUUAAAGCGCAACCGCUGCCAGGAGCUGUAAAGAAGCGAAUGCAAGUCACUACAGUCAAAUGUGGUUCAUCUUCAGCAUCCUCGGAAAAUAAAGAGAACCGCUUCAAAUUUGAAGCCAAACCUCCUGUAGUAUUGUACAAAGAACCUUUCAAACCUGUAUUAAAGCCAGUGCAACUUGUAAAACCGGCUCCGUUCCAGCUUACAACAGAAAAGAGGGCAGUUGAUAGGGAGAGGUUUGAUAAGAUUAUGAAAGACAAGGAGGAGGCACAAGAGAGGCUUAGACAACAGAGAGAGAAGGAGAUUCAAGAGGCAGAGGAGCGAGCUAAUGCUGAACUGAGGGCUAAACUGGUGCACCAUCCAAAACCAGUUCCUGUUGUUCACCACCCAUUUGUUCCGGAAAGAUCUGUGGCUACACUCACUGUGCCAGAAACCCCUAAAUUUAUUAGGAGAUUGAAGCAACAUUAAUAGGCUAGCAUACUAGAAUGAUCACAUUGUUUUAUAGCAUUUAUUCCUCUUCUUACAAACUUGGUAGGUAGGGUUGUAUAUGAAAUUAAUCUAUUGUAUUCUUCUUAGUCGGUUCCUCAAGGCUGAGGGUCGUGACCAUCAGGAGUGCAGUUCUUCACCACCGCUCUCCAAACCCCCCUGUCUUGGGCCAGCUGUAUUGACCCCUGGAUGUUGACGCUCGUAGCGUCGCGUAUGGCAUCAGACCACCGAGUUGGAGCCCUGCCUCUACUCCUUCUCCCUUCGACGCACCCAACCAGAACGAGCUUUUCAAAGCUGGACGGGUCUAUUCUUAUAUUUCUAUAAUCUAUUGUAUAAAAUGUAUCAUUUUAUUUUCAGUAAGUUGAUUGUUUGUAUACAAUCAUAAUUGUAACUAGAGAUGCGCAAAAUGCUUCACUGAGCGCUGAUUAAUUCAUAUCUUUCGCUCGCAGUGAUAUGUAUGACUCAUUUUGUUCAUUUCGCUCAGUGGAUCUCAUUCAAAUCAUGAGUGGGAAAGAGCGAGCAAGGAACACUGAGAUUAGUUACUGAGCGAAAUGAGCGAGUUGAAUCUGCACUGAGUUGAAGAGUGAGUGAGUUCAGUCAAAUGAUACAGUUCAUUUAAAUCACUCACUCGUGAACGACACAUGUCUAAUUGUAACAAUUACGCUUGCAUUACUUUCCUUUUUAUAAUGUUAUAUAAUGUGAAUCUGGAGCCAAAUGAAGUGUAGGUCCUCUGAUGUUGGUAAUGUUCCGUGUGCUUCUGCUGAGACUGUUUAAAUUUUAAAAAGUUACUUAGCAGCAAUUUCAUUACACAAUAAUAUGUUGAAAUGGAGAUUUGGAUUAGUAUAUGAAAUAAAAUAAGUGUUAUCCUAAUUUGGGUGACAAAAAUGGAGAAUUCAUUUUAUGAAUACCAAGAUAAAGCGGGAGUAGAAUGUGAUUCAGAUACUGACAUUAUCAAAGAAAGUGUUCUCGAGGACUUGAUGCCAAAAAUUCCUAUGAAAACUCCCAAUGCGAAAUAACCACAAGGUUGUACCUGAUUCGGGGUAAUCUCUUGUUUAUGAUGAAUUAGAAGAUGAAAAAGACACCCCUCAAGCUCCCAAAAAUGUCUCAAGGAGCAGUGAUGAUGAAGAAGUCUUCCUAGGACUGCUACCCAAACGUCGCCCACCUACCCGCCCGAAAUCCCUUAACACCACAACAGACUCCUGUCACCCGCACCUGUCAAAAAGCACAUGGACUCGGACAACUCCAUACUCUACCGAACACCGUCUAUACAUCACCGACGAUCUUUAUCAUACUGGCCGUGUGUUAUCCAACCUCGACACUGGCGGAAUCAUCAAGCCCUGAUGGAGCCAUAAUACACAAAAAUUUAUUGAUUGAACUCCAUAAUCAUCAACAAAGCCGGGAAAAGUAAAAUGAAAUGCAUGAGAGAUACGAUUUAAUGAUUAAUGGUGGGAAAGAUGGUAAAAUAAAUGAUAGUGAGGAAAGUGGUAAUGUGGAAGAUGGUGAAACAUUUUUUUUUUAAGAAACUUCAAAUUCCUUUGACCAUUUAAGCCGUUUAAGGUAUAAAGUAUGGUACCAUAAAAUCCCUCAACUUUUAAUUAAGUACCAAUACCAAUAUUAUUUUUAGUAAUUUCUAAAUGCUUUCCGCCAUUCAUGAAACUAUGUUGCCUCAGAACUAAGUAUUUCAAAUAAUAGUCACAAGUGAACCAGGAUUCCAAGUUAGUUUUGGACCAUAGGAGAUUUUGGACAGUUAGGUGGUUUUGCCAAAGGUACGGCACUUUUGCCCGGAGGAAGGAAUGCUUAGAAAUUGAACAUAUUGUGGUCAUUCUAGUUAUACGUAUAGACAUUUUAUUGUUAAUGAUUUUAGAUUGUGGACUGAUUGACAAUAAUGUUAAUGUUAGUCAAGUCAUUAGUAAUUUCUACAUAAAUUUUAUGACAUUUUCAUUGAUUUUGAGUAGUUUUAAUUUAGAAAUAGUUUGUAUUGUGUAGUUUAACAUAUUGUAAUAAUGUUUUCCAUUUAUAUGUCAUUACAUACAUAAUAAUGAUUGGUUUAGUAAUUGUGUAAGUUAACUUUAACUCACUUUAUUAAAAGUUUUCUAACUUAA